AUGGCGGCUCUUAUUCUCAAAAUCCAUUUCCCGCCUGGCACUCCAUUUCGCACCAAGCUUAUGAAAUUCAAAGAUCCCAAGGACAAGACGAUCAAGGACACCAUCGAGGAAAUAAUCACCACCAACCAACUAGGCGACCCCAAAGACUUCCUCUGGUACAUCCCCGAGAAGUUUGAAAAUGAGAGCUUCACACCUGCGCUAUGGGGCAAGCCCGAACAGACACUCGACUGCUUCAAUCUCGAACAAAAGCCCAAGCUCCUCGGUAAGAUGGAACAGCAAGGCCAGCCCCAGUGCUCACAAAGUGUGGCUGUGGCCGUGGCUGUGCAGGCUAUCAUCCACCUUCGCAAGAGGCAGCAGGCCAACCGCGUCAAGCACGAGAAGAGGAUAAAGAUGGUGCUGUUCGACUACGUCGCACCUCUCGAGCAGUCGCUCCCCCUCGUGGCCAAGAAGUUCAACUAUGACAACUGGCAAGAGUUCAACCUCUACGUCUCUGGCGAGAAAGAACCGUUGAAGCUGGACCAGUCGCUGUUGAGCCAGGGCAUACUGCCCGACACGGUCUUUGCGCUGCGCAAGCCGGACGAGCCUGUCGACCAGGUCAUGCAUCCCAUCAAGCAGCGCAUCACCAUCUCUCUCAACCAACAGAACCAGGGCGGUAAGAAGUUCAUGGGCGCCCCGGGCACCCCGUCGAGCUCCCACGCUCAGCCUUCGUUGCCACCUCCCGAAGAGAUCAUCGCCGCCAAGACCGUCAAACUCAACGCUGCCGCCAAAUCGUUCACAAAGCCCAUCGCCAAGGGCUACCUGAUCAAGCAGAAGGACAAGGGCAAGUGGGAGAAGCGCUACUGCGUCGUCGAGAGCGGCCAUCUCUUCUACUACAAAACGCCCAACGACGCGAAGCCGACGGGCGUGCUUCCGCUGCGCGAGUACUUCCUCAAGGAGGCCAAGGACGAAAAGAAGAAGUCGGCCGGCUGGGACCUCCUCUCGGUGAAGGAAGUCAUCCCGCCCGCCGGGCGAACGGUGCAUUCCUUCAAGGCCGAGACGGACAAGGAGAAGAAGGAGUGGAUGGCCAUCCUCAAGAAGCUCACCUCGCCCCUGCCCACAGGACCCGGACCCAAGCCCAGCCCACCUCCGCUGGUCAAGGGCAAGCCGGCCAAGCUCUACGGGCGACCGCUCGAGCAGGCCGUGGCCAACCCGGACGGCUCCGAAAUCCCCGCCAUCGUGUACAAGUGUAUCGCCUACCUCGACAAAGAAGAGAACGUCACGAGGGAGGGCAUUUUCCGACUGUCGGGCAGCUCGAACCUGAUCGACAAAUACGUGCAGCGGCUCGACAAGGGCGAGGACGUGGACCUGUCCCAGGAGCUGGACCCGCACGCCGUGGCCGGCCUCCUCAAGCUCUACUUCAGGGACCUGCCCGAGCCGCUCAUGACCUUCGAACUCUACCCCUGGUUCAUCGCCUCCAUGAGCACGCAGGACAGAGCCGUGCGUCUUCGCUACCUGAAGUACCUGGUGGAGAAGCUGCCGCCCGUGAACAUGGGCCUCCUCGUCUACCUCCUCACCUUCCUGCUCAAGAUUUCCACGUUUGCCGAAGUGAACAAGAUGGCGCUGCACAACCUGGCGACGGUCUUUGCGCCCAAUCUGCUCAAGUCGCACCAGUCCAACGCGAUCGGCAUGGUGACCGACACGCCCAAGAUCAACGCCGUGAUCAACACCCUGCUCCAGGACUACGAGUACGUGUUCGAGGACAAGGAGAUCGACCACAGCCUCACGGCCGAGGGCAAGGCGGCCGUCUGCUGCCGGGCGCUGUACGACUACGAGGCCAAGUCGCCCGACGAGCUCAGCUUCAAGAAGGGCAACAUCAUCAAGAUCAUCCACGAGAGGGAGGACGGUUGGUGGAUUGGUGAGUACAAGGCCGGCAACUUUGGUCGUGUACCCGCCACCUACGUCCAGAAGCUCUCCGACAAGCAAUCACAGGAAUUCAAUAAGAGGCAGCAGUUCAAGCAGCAGAUGAAGAGACUCACGGACGAGAAGGAGGAGCAGGACCGUGAGAUUCAGAUCAUGAACGAGCAGCGCGACGAGCUGAUGCGGGAGAUCGAGGAGAUCGAGAACAACCGCAACAAGCUCAUGGCCGAGUUCUACCACCUCAAGGAGAGCCUCGCGCCCAUUCUCACCAAGACCGUGACCAUCUCCGACGAGCUCGACAAGCAGCGCCUCGGCGCCGUCGUCGACGCCACUGACGACCUGGAGCUCGAGCUCGAGAGCGCCGACGCGCCGCCAUCAUCGGGUGGAGGCAAGAAGGACAAGAAGAAGGACAAGAAGGAGAAGAAGGCCGAAAAGAAGGACAAGAAGGAGAAGAAGGAGAAGGGCGGCAGCGGCAGCAGGAACGGCAGCGGCAACGUGGCCGUCGCGUCGCCGCUCUCGUCGAGCGCCAGCCAACGGGUGGCCGACGCCGACAAGAUCCUGCCGCUCUCCGAGUUCCCCAAAUACGUCGACGAGUUCCUCAAGGAGAGUGAGGACCAUCGUAGGGCGUUGGACGGUGUGGGGUCGACGAAGGACGUGUUCCUGACGUCGCUGGAGAUGUUGUCCGGUGCGCUGCCGGUGGCGAAGAAGGACAAGAAGGACAAGAAGGCGGUCGACCCGCUCCGACACUCGAUCGACAACAUCAAGACCAAGACCAAGGUCGAGGCCUUCACCCGAGCCGAGCUCGCCGAAAGAAAAGACGAUCUCCUCCGGGAUCUGAACGAGCUUCAGCUGAUCCUGAAGCUGACGAUCAAGCGCGCGUGGACACCGCAGGAGCUGCAAACGCUCAACGAGCGCGGAUUGCUCGACCAGUCGUCGUCGUCCGCUGCGCCCAUGAAGCCGCUUCCGUCGCCCAGGCGGGUCAUCUCCGCCGGCUCGGGGCCGCUGGCCGGCCCGCCCGCCCCGCUCAUGGCCCAAAUCCAGGGCGCCAUCGGUGGUCGUGGUGCCAUGAUCAUGCGACCCGGCCUCGGUCAGAUACCACCGCCGUCAUCGGGCGGACCGCUCUCACCCGGGAGCGUUCACAGCAGCCCGCGGCAGCCACCAUCCCAGCAGCGCUGGGAGAAGCCGGCCCGCAGCAUCUCCAGCGAGGCCGACUCCUGA